UCAUAGUAAUUCAAACAGCUCUCCAAUCACUCAAUAUAUAAAUGGCUUCCUGAACUCUUCUGUCAUGUAUGUUGCUAUACAGAUCUGUCUCCUGUAGAGACAUAUCAGCUCCUGAACCGUAACUUGAAAAUUAGAUGUUCAAGUUACACAAAAAAACUUUGAAGCCGUCUGAUUCUCUCCACAUCUAACCAGUACUCAAAAGUGGCAGACCUCCUUCCUGGAUUCAUAGCUAGAGUGACCUGUGUCUUUGCAGGGGAUUUGCAAUGGUCCUUUGAUCUCAGAGUUGGUGGAGGAAAGGGUCGUCAGGACGCUGAAGAAGACCGAGAAAAAAAAAAGGGCAUGGAGGGUCAGGAACUGCCUUAUGUGCUAACUGACUGUAUAGGAGGGAAGCACGGAGUAUAUGAAGAUCACGUUGAAUUUCUGGAGCAACAUUUUCAUCUCAUCACCAUGAAAGAAUAUAUUGAAAACAAGAAAUUUCUCUGCAAAAAGAUCAGCGCUAUUUAUAUGUGGUAUCACAAACCAGUUAUUAAUAAAGAGCUGCUCCAGAGCUUGCCUAACUUGAAGAUAGUUGCAAGCUCUGGAGUGGGAAUAGAUCACUUGGACUUGAACCUCCUCUCCAGCUACGGUGUGAAAGUGUCCAACACUCCGUUUGUUGUUUCCACUGACACUGCAGACUUGGGGAUGGCCUUGAUGCUGGCAUCUUCCAGGAGACUUGUAGAAGGCUAUCAGAUGGCAGUCUCCCCUGACACAGACUAUUUCCCCGCUGACUGGCUGGGGACUGAGGUUUCUGGGGCGACCCUGGGGAUCGUGGGAAUGGGCACCAUUGGCUACAAAGUGGCUGAGAGAGCCAAAGCCUUUGAAAUGAAGAUUUUGUACCACAACAGGAAUCAGAGAAACAAGGAAGAAGAAAGUGCCGUGGGAGCUAUUUACUGUAAGAAGAUAGAUGACUUGCUCCAGCAGUCAGAUUUUGUGUUGCUGUCUGUCAACCUGACUCCACAGACACACAAACUGAUUGGGAAGAGGGAGCUGGAGCUGAUGAAACCCACAGCAACUCUCAUUAACAUCAGCAGAGGUUUGGUUGUGGAUCAGGAUGCUUUGGUGGAAGCCCUUCAAAAGAAAGUUAUUAAGGCAGCUGCUCUGGAUGUGACGUAUCCUGAACCUUUGCCACGGGAUCACCCUUUGUUAAAACUGAAGAAUGUUAUAAUAACUCCUCACAUUGGAAGUGCCACCAAAAAGACACGCCGCCUUAUGAUGCAAAACAUGAUAGAAAGCAUAGAAGCGGGUCUUACAGGUCUUCCUAUCCCUAAUGAAGUAUUCAGUAAAGCGUCCUGAAUUUAACAUUGAUGCCAUUAGUGUUUAUCCUGGUGUGAGAAAACAGUAAUUUGAUAAUUCUUCAUAUAAUUAUCCCGUGUGUUAUACAGAUAAAAUGUGUAAUGCAUGGGUUUAAAUGUAUUUACAUAACCCAAUAAAAUGUAUUUAAAUAACCAAAA